CCACAACCUCCAUGAACCUGUAAUAUCAACUUGUGGCAAUCGUGCCGAAUGUUGCAACCGGCACCGGCAAGGAGUUUUUCGGGGAUGGAAGGGCGACGGACAACAGGCACGCGAACGCUGGUGACUGUCAGUAGCCGGAAAAAGCCCGUGCCCCCGUUGCAUGCGGGAGCAACGAGCGGUCCGGCAAGCGACAGCCAGCGAUGGAAUGCGCUCACGGACAAGCUGGUGGCUGCAUCCAGCAUUCCGUUCUCUAUUUUGGUGCUUCCGCAAGUCGUCCAGAAUGCCAUCAACAUGGCUGGCGGCCACCCCACGGCCCUGUCCAUUAUCAGCUGGGAGGGCUACCUCUCUGCCAUGUUCGGCAACACAUUAAUGUGCAGCCAUUUCGCGGCGUCAGGCGAGCGCAGCGCCGUAAACGUGCAGCUUGUGGGAAUCCUCAACAACUUCCUCAUUCUCACACAGGUGGCUCUUGCCGGCUUCAUGCCGCUCGCGGUGUUUUUGGCGGCGGCGGCCUUCACGGCCUUUGCCACUUUUAUGAACCUGGCACGCGUGGCGGCGCUGGCGGGCGCAGCGCAGCCGGCGGACGAGAAGUGGGGCAGCUGGCAGAUGUGGCAGCUGGGCAGCGGGCUGGUGGGGCUGGCGGUGGUGCCGCAGGUGCUCUACAACACCGUGUCCCCGGCGGCAUCCACGCUGCUGCCCUUCAUUUGCACGCUUGGGCUGCUUGGAGCGGUGCUAGGGCUACGGCUGUCGUCCAAGGGCGGUAGCGACGCGGCAACGCUGGUGCGGCAGCUGCCGGGCUGGGGCGCCACGCUGCUGUUUGCGCUGUCGCCGCUACCGCAGCUGGUCCGCAACCUGCUUGAGCCACAGAGCCUGGAGGGCCUGAGCGUGGGCACCAUGCUGCUGGCGCUGCUGGGCAACGCGCUCAUGGUGCCGCGGGCGCUGUUCGUGCGCGACGUGGUGUGGCUCAGCGGCACCUGCUGGGCCUGCGUAGCGGGCUGGGGUCAGCUGUUCAGCAUGUUCCGCAGCGCGUCGGCGGCCACAGGGCGGCGCUUCCUGGACCCCUGGCUGUUCUUCUCCAUCACCGGGGCGCUGCUGCUGUACACUGGCUACGUGGUGGUGCAGCACCGGAGAGCCACAGCGGCGGCAGCAAGCCCGCGGCCCGCAUAAACAGCUGCUGCUCGUGAUGCUUAGGUGGACCAUGUUCGGGACCGCUGGCGGAGCUUGGCGUGGCUUUUGUUGUGCGGCGUGGCUGCAACGCUUUGUCGUUGAACGGCACAUGCGGUCUGCGGAUUGCGUCGGCGGGUAGGGCGCGGAGGGAAGGUGGUCGGGUAGAGGCUGAUUCCGCGGUUGGAUGAAGGGACCAGUCGGCGGAAUCAGGGCGGCGCGCCUGCAUCCAGGCAAGUGCAGGCCGGCAGCCAGCAUAUAUUCAUGACAUGUCGUACUGCUAUAAUGUGCUAGAUUCAAAGCCAGCAGCUGACUUGGUUGCAACCGGCGGUAUUGCUGGUAUCGUGCAUAAGGCUCGGAGGCAGGCUACUGCGCAUGACACUGCCUACUGAUACACAGAUAGCGCAUGGCUUGCAUGCUAUGAAAAGGGCCAGUCUGCCACUGCAGGUACAAUCGGGCUGUAGGCGGCGUAAGUGAGCUCGGGGGUGAUGGUGCGCAGGCACAUACCUGCAAACAAACGACACCACAGUAACAAGUGCGAUGCAGUGUUGCACGUGUCUGGGCCUAAAACUUACAGCACAAGAGUGCGAUACGGUUUGCGCGCUUGUGACUCACCAGAGUCAUCAGUCCAGUUGCCACAAUGUCCAUUGGGGUGCUGAUUACGGGGAUGGUGUGUGGCUGUUCGGGAGGUACGGUGGGCGGCGCAGGCGCGCAGCCACGGAGCCCAGUCUGUGGCGCUGUGGCCCUGGCUUGCAAGUUGCAGCUUGACGCACAUUGAACG